UCCUCUAAAAUAGGUAAAUGACUGCAGAAUUGAAUUUAAUGAGGAAGCAAGUGGGCGCUUUUAAUGCAGCGUUAAAAUAAAUUUGAAGAUGACAGCUAAAGAAGGGAGGAUGAAAAGAGGGAAGUGCAGAGGUGUGGGGAAAGUAUUAGAUGGAUAGAAGCCAAGGAAAACAAAGUGUGGCUGCACAGUGAAGAGGAGAAGAUAGAGUGCGUGUAGAGAGGGAAGAAACAACAGUAGGCAGGGGAAGAAAGACACAACAGGAUUGAAUGCUUGGAAAAGAACAGAGUAUAUAUAUGUAACGACAUGAAGAGAGGAGAAUGUGAAUCACAGAGCGGCUAUUGUUACAGAGUGGGUAAGAAGUAGAAGAUCGGUGAAGAGAGGCCAUUGACAGGAUGAUGUGAAAAAAAGUGUGUAUGCAGAUCUUACGAGAAAUGAGUCUUGUUUCUUUGUUGUGAUCAAUUAUAAUAUUAUUGCUGCAGAGAAUCUUUCUCUUUGCUUGUGUUUUGGUGUUUGUGCUUCUAAGUUUGUGUUUGCAGAGCACAGGAGUGUUUUCGUACUGUGUCACAAAGUUUCGUACCAUAUCUCUGGCGGAAAAUUAACACAACUUUUGGUGAUUCCUCCUAAUAGUUAGAGCGAAGGACUGUAAAGAAUGGCGGUGGGUUCGUCUUGUGGAAAUCACAAUCACUUUCCUCGCAGUUUCACAUACAACUAUAUUCACAGAUGUAAUACGGACGGCAUAAAUUUGUUGCAUCUCAUACAGUUAAGCUAGUGAAAACCAAAAGCAGAAGAAAAAAAUCGGUAGAGGAAUUCAUUAUUGCUUAAGCUUGUAAAUUUUUGGGCCAUGGGGUGCCUGAGAAUUCUUUGCAGUUUGGUUAUUGUGUGUUUGAUCAAUCUGUGUGAGGCAAGAUUUUUUGUGUUGCCUUCGAAUUGGACAGUUGUCAAUAACUCUAGCUUUCCAACAUUCAGUAUGGAGCAAGGGACAUUCAGGGCAAUCACAGCUGGCGAGGGCAACCCCAUUAUGAGUGAGGAUAACAGAUUUCGGUUUGGAUUCAUUAAUGUUAAUUCUUCUGGUGAAUUUAUUCUCUCCAUUGUUUUGGUCGCGAAUGUCACAUCCCCAGCUCUUGGAACUGAGAUUUGGACUGCAAAUAGGCAGAGGACUGUUGCAGAAGGUGCAGUGCUGAGUUUGGGGAGUAGCGGGGAUAUGGUAUUGGAAGAUACAGAUGGAACAGUGGCAUGGAAUAUCAGUACUGGUAAAACCCCAAAAAAGGCCAUUGCUAUGCAGAUGUCAGGUAAUUUGCAGAUUUAUAACACUACAAAUUCUUCACUUUUUUCGAGUUCUAGUCUUGUAUGGCAGAGUUGGGACCAUCCCACACACACCCUCUUACCUGGGCAGGGGCUAAAGACUGGAUAUACAUUGGUAUCCAAUUACUCUGCAACAAGUGCCAGCCAAGGGCCUUAUAAGCUGGUGAUGGAACCUGGAGGGAUGGUCCUGUACUACAAAAGCAAGUUUUAUGAGCCUUAUUGGUCUCUGGGGCUGCCUGGAUUGGACUAUGAAGGCAUUCUAAGGCCAUGCUUCUAUACUUCCUUCUCUCAGAAUGCCGAGGCCGUGUACACAGGAACAGAACUGCGAAUCUCAUUCAAUGAGACCACAUCUUGUGCAAACGGAACCACUACUUUAAAUCUGGCACCUCCACUUAAUGAUACCCUAUACAGGUUCAUGAGGCUGGACAAUGAUGGUAACCUCAGAGGAUACAGAGUACCCCUAUUGCCAGUGUGUGGACCUUAUGGCGUCUGUAUGAAUGGCCAGUGUAGCUGUCCAGGCUCAGGAACUCCUGAUAAGUUUGAUCAAGUUCGGCGUUUGGAUGUCACCCAAGGAUGUUACAGCCUAUCAGGUGAACCGGAUUGCAACCAAACUUCUGCGGGUCAUCAUUUUUUGCCUAUUGAUGGAGCAGAUUACUACCUAAAUGAAUUCUUUCAUCCUCUGAGGAAUGUAUCUACCAUUGAUGACUGUAAAGCAAUGUGCUCAUCCAACUGCUCUUGCACAGCGGCCUUCUUCCAUAGUAGCUCUGCUUCAUGUUACUUGACAACUGCCCCCCUGAACACCAUGAAAUCUAUGUCAAACCAAACAUACAAGGCUUAUAUCAAGGUCCAGAAUAAUAUGCCACUAAACCAGACUUCAGCCUCGACUUCCUUGAGUAGUGGCAUCAUAGCAGGGAUAACAGUAGGUUCAGUUGCAGUAGCUCUCUUCCUGUGCCUGAUUAUUAUUGUAACCAUUCAGUACAUGCGGAAGAGAAAAGCCAAUGAGGAUGACAUAUGUGAGAAGGAGAUCGACCUUGCAGAAAUGGAAGAGGAAGCAUUCUUGAAAACCCUUCCAGGUCUUCCCCCGAGGUUUGCAUAUCAUGAACUCAAGGAAGCCACUGACAACUUUAGCAAAAAGCUUGGAACGGGAGGAUUUGGAUCAGUCUAUGAAGGAAUUAUUAAGGAUAACAGCAGAGUCGCAGUGAAAAAAUUAGAUGGUCCAAGGCAAGGAUAUAAGGAAUUCAGAGCUGAAGUUGCAACCAUAGGCAGUAUAAGCCAUCUGAACUUGGUAAGACUCAGAGGAUUUUGUGCAGACAGUAAGAAGAGGCUAUUGGUUUAUGAGCUUCUAGAAAAUGGGUCUCUGGAUAAGUGGCUUUUCCCAUCCAGAACAGGAAAUCCAAAUUCAGAAGAAAACUGCAAUAUGUUUUCAACUUGGGAACAACGGUACAAUAUCGUCAUAGGGACUGCCCGAGGCCUGACCUAUCUGCAUGAGCAAUGCAGGGCGCCCAUCAUGCACUUAGACAUAAAACCUCAAAACAUACUCCUGGACAAGAACUUCAUGCCCAAAGUCUCUGAUUUCGGCAUGUCUAAGCUCCUCAACGAGGACAUGACCCAAAUUGUAACAACAGUAAGAGGCACACCUGGUUACCUUGAUCCCGAAUGGCUAAGGCACUCCAUUGCCACUAAGAAAUGUGAUGUCUACAGCUUUGGAAUGGUGUUGCUAGAAUUGGUGUCUGGAAGAAGAAAUUUUGACCCUUCUGCUUCUGAUCCUCGCCUCUUUUAUUUCCCUGCAUGGGCAAUGCUCAGGGCCCUGGAGGGCAAAUACCUGGAACUGGUAGACAAGAGGGUUGAGAACAAUAUUAAUAGGGAAGCUGUUAUAAGGAUGGCUAAGGUAGCAUUAUGGUGCAUUCAGGACAACCCUGACAAGAGGCCAUGGAUGAGUGUUGCAUUGAAGAUGUUGGAAGGGGAGUGGGAUGUCCCUGAUGUACCUUUGUCGCUGAUGCAGAGGAGUCCUGAGUUCUUGGAAGGAUGUGGAUAUGAACCUAUGGAUAGAGGUCAGGACGAUCCGUUGCUUGGAAAUGCAAGGGCAUAUGAUUCCAUUCCCACAGUGUCCACCAUAGAUCUAUCUGGCCCAAGGUAACGAUGUCUUGUCCAUAUCCGUUAAAGCAGGAGAAGAUGGCAAGGAGCCAGAGAGCAAUGAGCAUUAACAUAGGCAGAAACCAUCCUGCCUAUUAGACAAACUGUUAACCAUCUAUAGUUAUGUACCCUGGAUUGUUUCAGUCAUAAACAUCUUUUGCUGCUUCCAUUAAAUACUGCUUAUGUUCAA